AUUACUUGCCAGCACCCGGUGAUCGCCAAGUAUUACUGUUGGAGGAGAGACCUGUGUAUAAACAACACACAUCUUUCCCUUGUCAGCUCCUGCACACUGCUUUUUAUGGCUCUGCAUAGCACACACACAGCACAUAAUGUGAAACAGCACACAGUUAACCCUUCGAUCGCCCACAUGUUAACCCCUUCCUGUCCAGUGUCAUUAGUACAGUUUUAGGGCUUUUUAUUAGCACUGAUCACUUGCUAUUUAUUAGCACUACCCACACCAAAGAUGGCCACGAAGGUCAGUCUAGGCAGUAGCAUCCCA